AUGAAUCAAGAUGGACACAACUUUCAGCCAAACUGGUAUGGCAGGAAUCAUGAUGGACAGAACAGUUGGGGGAAUAGGAAUCAAGGGAACCAAUCCAACUGGGUUAAUAGGAGUCAGAACCAACCAUCAAGUAACUAUGUGCACCAGAGAAACUACCAGAGCAAUAAUUCAAAUUCUCUAGCCAAUUACCAAGGGAACCAAGGACCGAAUGCCAAUUAUAUCUCAAACCAGGGGCAGCAGGAGAAUUUUCCACCUAACCAGGGCACAAGCUCAAGUCAGCCAUACCCCAAACAGCAAAGGAAUACAGAUGAUAUGGUGGGCGAUCUACUUAACACGCAACAACAUCUUCAGAGCAACAUGCAGUCGAAUAAUGACAUAGUUCACAAGUUGCAAGACGCUCAGCAAGAACAGAAGGCCGCGAUGGAUAUGCUAGCCAAAAAAAUGUCUCAAAUUGCCACUUCGUUGAAUGAGAUGCAAGGGAUUGAAGGAAAAAUCCCUGCCUCUGUUAAACCACCGGAGAGAGCAAACAUCAGUCAAAUUACCCCGAGAUUAGGACGAGAAUAUAAAGGGCCAUCAAUGAAGAUUGACGAGCAAAGUCUGACUGUGGUAAGCAAAGAAACAGAGGACACGGUCAGGCAGAAGGAAGACACUGAAACAGGGGAAGCCGGAAUAGGGGAUGACAUCCAGAUAGGUGAUUUGAGGAAGCCACUACCUCGAAUAGUUGAUCCAUUCUUCCUAAACCCAAAAACUGAAGUGGAAAAUGAAGAAGGAAAGAAACUGGAGAGUUUUUGUCACGAGCGCCCAUACUAG